AUGAAUUUACAUUACAUCCAUUCCUGCUCCCAGGAUAUCCGACCUGCCGUCAAGCUGUUGAUGAGCCGAUCACAGCAAUCUACGCUCGAUAGUAUCAGAGAUCAUGGAGAGACUGAAGAUGUUGCCAAGACAGGCUGGAGUCAUUACCACAACACUGACCAAUGUCUGUUCGAAUAUCACUCAAGCCGUUCAGGAAUGUCCCGUCAUAUGGUCGAAGCUAUGAUAUGUUUUAGCAGCGCUGUAUCAGUCAAGAGCUAUCCCUGCGAUACUGUUACUGAAGUUUUCGACGUUGGAGGAGCACAAGGUCACAUUUCUAUCGAACUGGCACAAAUGCAUUCUAAACUAAAAGUUGUUCUUCAAGAAUUGCCGGAAGUUGUUGAGGGAAUCGAAAAAACUCUACCUGAUAACAUGAAAGACAGGAUCGGAAUCAUCGCGCACGAUUUUUUCUCUGAUCGAAUCAUUCAAGCCGACGUAUAUUUAUUUAGCCAAAUCUUUCAUGAUUGGCAGGAGGCUUAUUGCAUCAAGAUACUCCGAGAAUUAAUUCCACAGUUGAAACCUGGUGCUCGAGUCAUUUGCUACGACCAUCUACUUCCAGAGCCCGGCGCAAUACCCUUGCUUAGAGAGCAAGCUGCGAGGGAUAUGGAUACGAUCAUGCUUUCUCUCUUCAACUCUCGCGAGCGCGAUGCCGAUGAUUGGGCUACUUUGUUCCAAGCGCCAAUCCUCGUCUUGGAAAGCCAAAAGCUUGGAUUCCAGAAGGUAGCAAUUUAG